AUGAAGGUCCUUCUUAUUCUCUACUCUGCCGGUUCUCACGCCGUUGACGAGCCCAAGCUACUCGGUUGCACUGAGAACGAGCUCGGUCUCCGAAAGUGGCUCGAGUCCCGGGGCCACACGCUUGUGACCACCUCUUCAAAGGAGGGAGCCGACUCUGUGCUCGACAAGGAGAUUGUCGAUGCCGACAUUGUCAUCACUACUCCCUUCCACCCCGGUUACAUCACCCGAGAGCGAAUCGCCAAGGCCAAGAACCUCAAAAUUUGCAUCACUGCCGGUGUUGGUUCGGACCACGUCGAUCUUGAUGCUGCCAACGAGCGAGAUAUUGCCGUUCUCGAGGUCACUGGCUCCAACGUGCAGUCUGUGGCUGAGCACGUUGUCAUGACCAUGCUGGUCCUGGUCCGAAACUUUGUGCCUGCCCACGAGCAGGUCAUGGCUGGUGGCUGGGACGUUGCUGCUGUCGCCAAGGACUCCUACGACAUUGAGGGAAAGGUCAUUGGUACUGUGGGAGGUGGCCGAAUUGGUCAGCGAGUCCUAAAGCGAGUUGCUCCCUUCAACCCUAAGGAGAUGCUCUACUACGACUACCAGGGUCUGUCUGCUGAGACCGAGAAGGAGCUGAACUGCCGACGAGUCGAGAAGCUCGAGGAUAUGCUUGCCCAGUGUGAUAUCGUCACCAUCAACUGUCCCCUCCACGAGUCCACCAAGGGUCUCUUCAACAAGGAGAUGCUCUCUCACAUGAAGAAAGGUGCCUGGCUUGUCAACACCGCUCGAGGAGCCAUCUGUGUCAAGGAAGACGUUGCUGAGGCUCUCAAGAACGGCCAGCUGCGAGGCUACGGAGGUGACGUCUGGUUCCCCCAGCCUGCUCCCGCUGACCACCCCUGGAGAUCCAUGCGAAACAAGUACGGAGCUGGAAACGCCAUGACCCCCCAUAUCUCCGGUACUUGCAUCGAUGCCCAGGUUCGGUACGCCCAGGGAACCAAGAACAUUCUCGACAUGUUCUUCUCCGGUAAGCAGGACUACCGACCCCAGGACAUCAUCUGCAUCAACGGUCACUACGGAACCAAGGCCUACGGUGAUGACAAGGAGCAUGCUAAAAAGUAG